CGGGCGCGGCGGAGCAGACGGAGACGGCGGUGUGCGUGCGGGGGCUUGCAGUCAGAGUGAGAAGAAGAAUGUAUUUUCAUUGGACCAUCAGCUGCCUCGGAGCUGAGGCGAGGACAGUAUCACUGCGGCAGGCCCAUCCUGUAGGGCCCUAGUUUCUGACCCCUGACCUCCGUGACCUUCUAGUGAAGAUGGCGACCCAGAGGAGGCACCUGGUCAGAGACUUUAACCGGUACAUCACCUGCUCCAUGUGCCACGGCUACUUGAUCAAACCCACCGCCGUCACCGAAUGCCUGCACACAUUCUGUAAGAGCUGCAUUGUCCAGCACUUUGAGGAGAGCAACGAGUGUCCUGAAUGUGGCAUUCAGGUCCAUGAAACCAACCCUUUAGAAAUGCUGAGGUUGGAUAAAACGUUGGAAGAAAUCAUCUUUAAGUUGGUGCCUGGUCUUCGAGAGAAGGAGGAACAGCAAGAAAUUGAUUUCUGGAGGAAGAAUAAAUCCAGAGCAAAUGGGGAAGAAGGCCCCAGGCCCAAGAAGACUCGGAUCAGCGAAGAAGAUGAUGAGAAAGAUGAUGGAAGGGGCGGCGAUUACCACAGGAGUGACCCACAGAUCGCCAUAUACCUGGACUGCCUGCGAAACAACGGCCAAUCAGGAGAAAGCAUAGUAAAGGGUCUGAUGAAGAAGUUUAUCCGAUGCUCCACCCGUGUCACUGUAGGCACCAUUAAGAAGUUUCUCUGUGUUAAGCUGAAGUUGCCAAGCUCUUAUGAGCUUGACGUUCUGUGUAAUGGGGAAAUCAUGGGGAAGGACCACACCCUGGAAUUCAUCUACCGAACCCGCUGGAGACUGCGGGGAGACAGCCCGUAUCCCAUGGUUCUGGAGUACCGGCCCCGCAUCGACUUCGGCUAAACCCAAAGCGGUUAGGGCACGCUCGUUGGUCUGAGGCUGACCGAACUCAUACAGUGGACAGACGACACAAAAAAAACCCUGCUUAAAUGAAUGGUUGUGCCUCCUCAGAAAUACAGCCACCCAGCCUGACUGGCUGCACUUCUGCUCCCACCCAACCUCUUCCUGGUUCGUCCCUCGCUUGUUUUGGAGUGACAGGCUUGGCUCCACCCCUCAGCGACAUGUAUGGCUACUUCUCUAAGUAAGACUUCUGUUGCUUGCUGUCUCCAUGACAACACAUCAGCGCGAGAUGGCCCUGUUGGGAGUUCGCUGCCGAGGACAAACAGGGUUGUGAUGGACGAAUAACAAAAAGCACUUAAAAAAAAAAUGCACUUCAGCGAAGAUAAAAGACAGAUGAAAGCAAUGUUGUCUUGCAGGGUCCCCCGAAUACGUGGAGUCUAAGCAGAAGAACUGGUGAGCUCACUGAUUUUCAGCAUACCAGUGUACCAGUGUUAGUAUUUGUAUUGGCGUGAUGCAUUGAAUCAGGAGAAUUCAGCAGAGGCUGUUUCUCAGUUUUCUUUCUUUUUUUUUUCUUUUCUCUCGUUCUCUCUCUCUGUUUCUCCCUCCCCUCUUUCUCUUUUCCUUUGCCUCGUUCUUUAUCUUUCUCUUGCGCACACACAUUCUUGCACACACACUCAUCUUUGUUUUUUCUCUCUCUUUCUCUCUCUCUCUCUCUCUCUCCGAUUCCUGUAAUGGUGUUUUUGGCAGCCGCCUGAGAUAUUAAUGGAUCUUAUUCAGAUGGGUUUGAAUGGAAGGCGCCCCGAAUUACAUCCCAGUCUUAUCCAGUGGAAAAGAAGUCCCAGAAAAUCACGAAAAGGGCAACGACCUAACUUUUUCAGUCGCAUCGAAGGCCAAAGCAUGGAGUAGUUUUAGGUUAUGGAAGUCAGAGACCACCCCUCAUUUAUUUAAUCUCCAGUCAAAACCGCUGUUAAAGUACAAAUGAGUGUUUUUUUAGGAAAUGUAAAUAUAAGAUAAUCCACUGCAGGAAGGAAAUGGACAUUAUAACACUGAACCUGGACAUCUGACCUCUGUGGAGUGAGGUUUUGUGGACCGACAAGUCAAAAUGUUUCAUCAGGAUUAUUUCAGAUAAUCUAACCAACUUCUAAGACUGAACAUUUGGAGGUGUGGAAAAAUUUCCCUGCAGAUUUCUUUGAGGACCUGAAAGCAGGACUACUGAAAAUAAGAAAGAAAGCUGUAGAAAAGGCAAAGUGUGGAAACACUAAAUACUGAACCAUUUGAUAUUAUAUUUAGUUGUUGAGCACCUCUAUGUAAGUUUGAUCAGUUUACCUGCUUUCUUUCAUAUACAGGAAACGUGAAUAACUUGUACUUAAUGGCCAUUUUGACUGGAAAUUAAGUAAAUGGAAGUGCACUGCUUUUUGCAUAGUAUUAUACACCGAUCAGGCAUAACAUUCUGACCACCUCCUUGUUUCUACGCUCAUUGUCCAUUUUAUCAGCUCCACU